GCUCCCGGGAUCAGCCGUUGUAGUCCGCCGGAGUUCGGGCGUUGGGACCGUCCUUUGUCGCCUGGAGGGUUGCGGGUGGGCGUGGUGCAGCCACAUCUUCGGGAACAUUCCCGGGCCGACCUCGCUCGCCCCUCUUGCAGGAGCUGCAGUGCCAAGAUGAGCGGAGAGAACCCUGCCAGUAAGCCCACGCCGGUGCAGGACGUGCAGGGCGACGGGCGCUGGAUGUCCCUGCACCAUCGGUUCGUGGCCGACAGCAAAGAUAAGGAACCCGAAGUCGUCUUCAUCGGGGACUCCUUGGUCCAGCUAAUGCACCAGUGUGAGAUAUGGCGGGAGCUCUUUUCUCCUCUGCAUGCGCUUAACUUCGGCAUUGGUAGUGACAGCACACAGCAUGUGCUGUGGCGGCUAGAGAAUGGAGAGCUGGAACACAUCCGGCCCAAGAUUGUGGUAGUCUGGGUGGGUACCAACAACCAUGGGCACACAGCAGAGCAGGUGACUGGCGGCAUCAAGGCUAUCGUACAACUGGUGAACCAGCGGCAGCCCCAGGCCCGAGUCGUGGUGCUGGGCCUGCUUCCAAGGGGCCAGCACCCUAAUCCACUUCGUGAGAAAAACCGACAGGUGAAUGAGCUAGUACGGGCAGCAUUGGCGGCCCACUUCCUGGAUGCUGACCCUGGCUUUGUGCACUCAGAUGGUACCAUAAGCCACCAUGACAUGUAUGAUUAUCUCCAUCUGAGCCGCCUGGGCUACACACCUGUCUGCCGGGCCCUGCACUCCCUGCUUCUGCGUCUGCUGGCUCAAGACCAGGGCCAGGGUAUCCCCCAGCCAAACAACACACCCUAAGCACCCUCCUUCCUGCAACAUUAAAUUCUCAUUCCUUGGU